AUGGCAUUUCAGAUAACGAGUAUCUUAACACUCCUGGUGCUGUGUUUGGCUGUUGUAGCUGCCGAUUUCGUCCACUUCUUCGUGGACACGAACUUCAGAACCUCUGGUGGUCACUGGAUCUACAACUUCAGCAAGUCGCAGUUCUGCAUCAACAUGGGAGUCUUCGACGACAAGGUGUCGUCCGCGCAGUGGAGGGACUUACCGCAAAAUGGUAGUUUCGCUGACAACCACGCGCUCGUCGCAUUCUACUCGGGCGGGAACUGCACUGGAACUGUCCGCACAUGGCCAACAGUCGAGAAAAACUUCCCAACGGAUUUCGCGCUCGACGGAAUCGACAAGCAAAUAUCGUCCUUCAUGGUCUGGCAGACAAGCAACAAGGUCGAGGAAAUCGCUCCCGACCCAAGGUUUCUAGACUAG